UUUAGCUUUUUCUGAUCUAUAAUCGAUCUUUCUUCCACUUUUGCAAAAUGAAGUUUUUGAUGCUAACAAUUAACCUCUCUCUGUUGCUCUUUUGCUAUGUUGUCACAACACACCAAACCCCAUGGCCUCUCACUCUACUUAUGUUCUCGUUCUUAUCUGUUUCACCUUUCUUCCUUAACUACUGGCUAGUCCCUGGAGGCUUUGCAUGGAGAAACCACCAUGUCUACUCUCCACAGCUUCGUGGUCCAGUCGGUUGGCCACUGCUUGGAACCUUGCCUCUAAUGGGUUCACAUGCUCAUCGUAAGUUAGCCAACAUGGCUGCUUCACUAGGUGCAUCUAGGCUCAUGGCAUUUAGUAUUGGAACAACGCGAGUGAUCAUCAGUAGUCACCCUGACACAGCCAGGGAAAUCCUUUCCGGGUCCUCAUUUUCAGACCGCCCAAUCAAGGAGUCAGCUCGUUUGCUGAUGUUCGAACGUGCCAUUGGGUUUGCACCCUCUGAUAAAUACUGGCACCACCUUCGCAGGAUUGCUGCGAACCAUAUGUUCUCCCCUAGGAGGAUUUCUUGUCUAGAGUCCCUGCGCCAACAAGUGGCUGAUGAAAUGGUGGUGGAAGUAAGGAAGGGAAUGGAAGAGAACGGGUUGGUAGAGUUGAGGGAGAUAUUACAAAAGGGUUCUUUGAGUAAUAUAUUACAGAGUGUGUUUGGGAGUUCUGGAUGUUUUGAGAGGAAGGAGCUAGGGUUAAUGGUGAAAGAAGGGUAUGAAUUAAUAAGUUUAUUCAACUGGGAGGACUAUUUCCCUCUAAGGUUUUUGGACUUUCACGGUAUGAAAAGAAGGUGUCAUAAGUUGUCAGGCAAAGUAAGAAGUGUUGUGGGUCGAAUUGUGAAAGAAAGAAAAAAGGGUGGAGAUCUGGUCAAUGGUGGAAAUGACUUUCUUACUGCUUUGUUAGCUUUGCCUAAAGAGGAUCAAUUGAGUGAUUCGGACAUGGUUGCUGUAUUGUGGGAAAUGAUAUUUCGGGGUACCGACACAGUUGCUAUACUCCUGGAAUGGAUCAUGGCUAGGAUGGUUUUGCACCAAGACAUCCAAGCUAAAGUCCAGCAAGAGAUUGACGCUUGCAUCGGCAACCGCUGCGGCCAUGUUCAAUACUUUGAUAUCCCAAAUCUCCCCUACCUCCAAGCAGUAGUGAAAGAGGUUCUCAGGAUGCACCCUCCGGGCCCACUGCUCUCAUGGGCCCGCCUAGCCACCCAUGAUGUCGAUGUGGGGAAGUGCUUCAUUCCAGCUGGCACAACCGCAAUGGUCAACAUGUGGGCCAUAACCCAUGACCCAUCUAUUUGGAAGGAUCCAUGGAGGUUCAGGCCUGAAAGGUUUGUCGAAGAGGAAGAUGUUUCCAUCAUGGGCUCGGAUCUGAGGCUUGCGCCUUUUGGAUCAGGUCGAAGGGUCUGCCCUGGUAAGGCACUAGCGUUAGCCACCGUGCAAUUGUGGCUUGCACGGUUGCUCCACUCUUUCAGGUGGCUCCCGGGGGCGCAAAACGUCGAUCUGUUGGAGACUCUGAGACUUUCUCUUGAAAUGAAAAAACCAUUAGUAUGUCAAGUGAUUCCCCGAACAGCACAACAUGUUCCAUGA